UUGGAACCGGUUCAUGGUGGUGCCCGAUAGGUGCACGAUGGGUGCGUGGCUAGUUCAGAAGAGUAGCAGUGGUGUCGACGCAGCUGGAUAGCAGCGCCACGCAGAAUCGAAUGCCGAAGUGCAGUGGUUGUGCCAUGUCUUCUGCUGUGUUCCAAACAAGGGUGCGUGUAUGUCGUGUGUGCGUCCCUGUGUGUUGUUUUCGUUCGUGAAUUAACAUUCUCACACCUGUAGCCUUUCUGUACGAAGAUGAAUUCUGGCCUGCUUUCAGCUGUCGUGCAAGUCGCCAUGGAGCUGAUGGAUUCUGACAGCGACGAAGAGUACGAUGACUUAGUCGCAGCAAUAGCAAUGAAAUCGGCGAGAUUGGACCGAAAUCGCAUGCCAAGGUAUUGUGAGGACGUUGUUGACCGGUAUUUUGGUUUCGAGUUACGGAUGUUUCGGCUGUCACGGGAAACGUUCGGGGAUCUCGUUGCCCGCUACCAGACGUCCUCGUUCUUCCCAGAUUCUCCUGGUGGUCGCCCACGGAUUAGUGCAAACAAGACUUGCUUAGUAGUGCUGAGCUACCUCGGUAGCCAGUCGAGUAUGUACUCCCUUGCCGACAGAUUUGAUAUAUCUGAGUCGUCAGUGCGCACGUGCAUUGAGCGCGUAUUGAACUUUUUACUCAGUAUAAGCGAAGAAGUCAUUUCUUGGCCAGACAGUCGUGAGCAAGAACGGAUCAAGACUGGCUUUUUGCUAAGGAGCGAAGGUAAAGGUCCGCGCAACACCAUAGGCUGUGUGGACGGUUGCCACAUAGAGAUUAAGAAGCCGGAGGAGUCGCCGCAUUCGUACUUUAACCGCAAGAAAUUUCCAUCUGUGGUGCUCCAGGGAAUAUGCAAUGACAGGAACAAGUUCAUUGACGUUUUAAUAGGAUUUCCUGUUGAAAAAACAGGUCACUGA